UCAGGUCAAUUCCAAUGAACUUGUGAUGGAGAGUCAUCUGCACCCAGAGAGAGGACUGUGGGGAAGGAGUAUGGAUCACAACAUAGUAUUUUUACUUUUCUGGUUGUUGUUGUUUGUUUGCAUUUUGUUUUCUUUCUUUUUGAUCUGAUUUUUCUUGUGCAGCAUGAUGUGUGGAAAUACGUAUAGAAGAACCGCAUAAAUUUAAUACAUAUUGGAUUAUUUGCCAUGUAAGAGUGGGGGUGAGGGGAAGGGAGGGAGAAAAAAAUUUGGAACACAAAAUUCUGCAAGGGUGAAAGUUGAAAACUAUCUACAAAUAAAUAGCUUAAAAAAAUUCCAAAUAUUUCCUUCAUUCCCCUUUUCCAAUUUUUACUCAGAUAAUUAUAAUACAAUUACCAUUAACACACCUUUUGGCAAGAAUAUCAGUAAAUUGCCCUAUAAUUCUGCUCACUUCAGGUCUUUCCUGUCAGAACCUAGUUUCCCCCUAGCUUAGGCAACCUCAAUUAGAAUGUAAGCUCCCAGAAAGCAGGGAACCAUAUCUUUUUUAUAUUUUAUUAUGAUACUUAGCAAGCUAAGUGCUUGAAAUUUUUUCUGACUUUAUCCACUCAAUUUUUCAUUCUUCUGGGUCUGGAUCACCUUAAAAACAGUAAAUAAACAAUAUAAGGUUAUUGCUGAGGUACUUUUUGGAAUCUCCAGUUUGCAUUUGGAAACUGAGGCAGAGAUCUUGACCUUCCCAAAGACAGAAAGUGACUUACUGGAACAGCAGGAAACAGACUUCUGAAUCUCCAUUACACUAAAGCAGUAAAUCAUAUGCUUCUCCGUGAACUUGUUUUUAUUGUAUAAAACAAAGGCUGGGAACAAGAAUGGGAGGAGAACCUUACAUUGUUUAGAAUAAGCAUGUGUAGUUCUCAUGCCUUAGGCAUGGAACAUUUUUUUUUUUUUUUUUUUUUUUGCUGUUGUACCUUUCAUCUUGAAUCAUUUAAACUUACAGUAAUUCUAAGAGAGAAAAAAAAGCUUUUAAAGACAAACUUUUAGUAAGCCACGAAGAUUAAAUGCACUUAGAUCUACGAUCUUGUUUUUCUUCCCGACUUUUUUUUUUUUUUUUUUUUGGUAGAGGAAAGAUCCUCUAAAGUGACAGGAUGUCCCCAUAAAGGAGGAACAACAAAAGAGUUGGUAUUCGACCCAGGAUUAUAAUUGUUACGGGGAAUGUUUACUUUCCAUCUAAAUGAAGACAAUGGAAUUAUAAUUGGACGAUAAAUGAACUCAACAUUGAACAACAAAAUCAAACUUAAAAUGGAAUUAGACAUAAAAAAUUCAUAGUCCAGGUAUAAGAUCUUAGGGUAAAUCCAAGGAAGUUAUUUAUACCAUUUAUCCAAUUGCUUCUUAAUAUUGUAGCAAAUUUCUUAAUUGUGCCUUUGAAAUUACUCUCAUUGUAACUGAUGACUUUUAUGGAAUGUUUAGAAUUUAGAAUCUCUUUUCAAAGAACUUUUUUUGCGUUCAAGCAAUUGAAAAAUAAUUUGACCUUUAAACAACCCUCAGUGAAAUAGGAAGCUCUGCCGUUUAUGUAAAAAAGUCACUUUUACAUAUUAUUUCUCACCUAGAGACAUUUAAUUUAAACUUCUCCACGUCCAGCAUAGCAGGACAAUAAUUACUGAUCUCUAAACAAUGUUGUCUCAAUUAUUUAGUCAUUAAAAUUGGUCGAUUCCCAUCUCAAGGGCUUGAUCCGCAGUAAUUUGUUUUUCCUGCACCUUACUGUGCUAUUCUGGAUCUGCAAGAAAAAAUAGAAGGGCAGCACUUGAUGACUCAAGCCGCAAUUACGGAGCGGUGUAGGGCAACAAGGGAUAUUUGUUUUUUCUUUUCUUUUCUUUUCUUUUUUUCGAUGAGAUAGUAGCAAAAGGGCAGAGUUAGGAAAAAAUAUGCAUUCCCUUACUUGCACUGGUUUAAGAAGACUACAUUCUGCAGUUAUCCCCACCGCCAAUUCUCUUUUCCCUUUCAAGCCUAAUUCUGCGCUCCUGGGUAGUGGAGCAUUUUUGCUUUUUUAUAUAACCCUGUCCCGGGAAAGAAUCGAUUAGGUUGAGUUGCUGUUCCACAGCCGCCUUGAGCUGCAACCAUCAGCUUUGCACCCAAGAUGUGGAGUUGGGAGAGAUGCUGGCGCGCCCAGCAACCACUAGUCCUUCUUAGCCAGACACGCAUUGAAUAGGAAAGCCUUUUCUCCCACGUCUCAGGCCGCCGCCUCCUCCCUUUCCUUCAGUUCACUUCCCCCUUUGGGGUUAAGCGAAGCUCCCACAUAUUUUUUUUUUUCCAGAGGAGUCCUUUUUCCCUCCCUCAUUCCCUCAUUCCCUCCCUCGGAGCGGGCGCACGGUCGCGCCUCGCCCCUCCUCCCUCCAGUGUGACUGUGCUGCCCUGCGCUCUGCAGCUGCGGGGCUGGCUCACUCGCGCGCUCCCCCACCCCCCUCAAGGCUCGUCCCUCCCUCCCUCCCCGGCCUCAAAUAGCGAAGCGCACUCGCCAGUGCAGCCUAACACACACAUACACACGCGCGCGCACACACACAUAGAUACACGCACACGCGGUUACACACGCAGCAGCAGGAGCAGCAAGCAGCAGCAGCAGCGGCCGCCUCCACCAGGCAUGGCACUGGGCUCUACCUCAUUAUGGCAGCCGCGCGACACAACACCCUCGACUUCCAGCUCAGUGCGAAAGCUGAUGGAGAUGCCAUUCUUAAAGGUUUACAGUCUGUUUUUGAAGAGCAAGCAAUGACAGAAACAAUUCAUUCUUGGGAAGAACAUGGAUAUUUAGCAACCUACAUUAACAAAAAUGGCAGUUUCGCCAGUCUGAGAAUUUACCCACAUGGAUUAGUGUUGAUGGACGUACAAAGUUACAACAAUGAUUUGAAAGAAAGAGAAGAAAUUGACAAUCUAUUAAACAAAUUAGAAGAAAGAAUGAAAGAACUCUGUGAGGGCAGUAUUGGAAGAUUAAAACGAUUACCAGCUCUUGUACGAGGCGGCAAGAUUGAUAAGUAUUGGCCUACGGCUGAUGGACGCCUGGUGGAAUAUGACAUAGAUGAAGUUGUGUAUGAUGAAGAUUCACCGUAUCAGAACAUUAAAAUUCUGCAUUCAAAGCAGUUUGGAAAUAUCCUUAUCCUCAGUGGGGAUGUCAAUUUGGCAGAGAGUGACUUGGCAUAUACACAGGCCAUAAUGGGCAGUGGGAAAGAAGAUUAUACUGACAAAGAAGUGCUGAUUCUGGGCGGUGGAGAUGGGGGUAUAUUAUAUGAAAUAGUCAAGUUGAAACCAAAGAUGGUCACUAUGGUAGAGAUUGACCAAAUGGUGAUUGACGGGUGUAAGAAAUACAUGCGUAAAACAUGCGGAGAUGUCUUAGACAAUCUUAAAGGAGAAUGCUAUCAGGUUCUUAUAGAAGACUGUAUUCCAGUAUUGAAGAGGUAUGCCAAAGAAGGGAGAAUGUUUGAUUAUGUGAUUAAUGAUCUGACAGCUGUUCCAAUCUCCACAUCUCCAGAAGAAGAUUCUACAUGGGAAUUUCUCAGACUGAUUCUUGAUCUUUCAAUGAAAGUUUUGAAACAUGAUGGAAAAUACUUUACACAGGGGAACUGUAUCAAUUUGACUGAAGCCUUGAAUCUCUAUGAAGAACAACUUAGCCGACUUUAUUGUCCUGUGGAAUUCUCAAAGGAAACUGUAUGUGUUCCCUCAUAUAUGGAAUUGUGGGUGUUUUACACUGUUUGGAAGAAAACUGAAUUUUGAAGAUUAUUCAUGCCUGCAUAUUGCCAUCUUGAAUCUUUUAAAUUAUAUGCUCUAGAUGAUCCUGAAAUUAGUCGUUCUAUUGAUUGUGAAUUCCUUAAAAAGUUUUUUUAUUAUUAUUUUAAUUUAAAAAGCAAAUGGAAAAUGUAUAUUUUGAUGAGCUCUAGGGUGUUAUUUUUUGAAAGUCAACUUAAAGAUGAAUUGGCAGCUCUGCUGCUAAAUGCACUGAACCUUUUAGAAUGUGAUCCAUGUAUUUUUCUGUUAAUGUAGGCUUUUAUGAUAGAGCUUCAUUAGUAAGAGAGACUGAGAGUGAGUGUGUGUGUGUGAGUGUGUGUGUGAGAGAGAGAGA